GGUAACCAAGAAGUACCCAGGGACUAACAAUUACACGUUCAGCGCAAAGAGACACUAACAGCACAAAAAACGUUCUUACUUUAAAUUAGUUUGUUUUUAUACAUUGUUAGAAAUGGAUUUUAACCGUUCUUCGUGUUGGAAUUCAAUUUCGGAGAAGGUUAAACCAAAUAUUCCUACCAUGGACUUUGACUUUUCACCUCCAGAGAAAGACGAAAUUAUCGCCGUAUAUCAAAGACCAGCUGCUCUUUCACUGAAGCUUUCUGAGGACUUCAACAGUUUUUCAGUAGAUGCUGAAUUUGAGGAGCUCCCAAAACCAUUCUCCGAAGAGAUUUGCAAAAAGAUGGAUGCGGGUGCUGGUGAGGAUAAUUCUGAGGUGUUGAAUAAAGGAGUCAAGCUGAAGGCCUCUUUAAAACCAGACCUGGAAAAUGUGAAAUCCUAUGAUGGUUGCCCUGUUCUCUCGUUUGCUAGGCUUGACCAGUGGGAUUUGGAUGAUGCCCUUAAAAAUCUAAAAGAGAACAGGCUGUCUUUGCAGCCCCAUGUAACAGUGGCACCCCUGAAAACGCAUCAAGGUGAUGGCAUAGACAAGUUGCAGGAGAAUAUAAUGGAUAAAUUAGCUGCUUUCUGUAAGAAUCAGUCUGUGUCUGUGUUAGAACCUGUGAGUCCAGACUCCGACAGAGAAAAUAGAAUGUCGAGCAGAUCAGUGGAAAAGUGUGGAAUAGAUUUGCAGUUAAGCCACCGGGAAUGUCCCACUGUUUAUAUUGACCUGCGUUGCCCUGAUCCCUCAGUAAAACCAGCAAGAACAUCCCCAAAUCUUCCAUCAGAGUCGUCAGCCAAACACAACAACACUCACCAGAAAACACCACCUGCAAAGAAAAACAAUUUAAAAGUGCACACUGGAUUGCAUAUGGGAGGCAGGGAAGAGACUGGAAAGAGUAUGUUGCUUAAAAAAAUAAGGGAGAUGAAUAGAAAUGAGAAUAAAUAUCCUGAUAAACGUAUGCGUCAUCCAGAGCUUGGCGUGGAAGCAAGCACAGAUGUUAAGUCAGAACAUCUGUGGGUAGAUAAACAAUCCGAACCUGAAGUGGAAAGCCCACAAACUGUUUUGGGACGUUUAGUUAAAGAACCAAAACAGCAGAGGGACCAACUGAGACGACGGGUUAAGAAGGCGUCUCACCGUGAACAAGCCCAGGAAACUCUUAGGCAGCUGGAAAAACACCGUCCAACCAAAUCUGUGUCCGGGAAGCAGCCAGCUGCCGAAAUGACUGAUGUUCUCUAUGAGUUUGAAGCAUCUCAUCAAGAGCCAAUCAGCACACUACCAGCAGGUAUUGAAAGUAAGGGCUCUAUGCUGCUGAAAGUCAACCUCUGCAGUGCUGGUGUGAUAGAAGACAGAGGACAUGGGAAGAGAAAAUAUCCAGCUGCAACCAAAUUACACAUCUAUAACACUUUAGUGGCAUGGUUUCUGUCUCUGGUCGGCCCAGAGCCAUGUAGCAGUGAAGACGAGAUCAGUGCAAAGGUCCCAUUCUGGGUUGCAGGACUUCAACAGCUGUGGACAGAAGAUGGACUGGCUUUGCAUGUUUUAAUUGUGGCUCGUCACUGUUAUCCAGCAAGGAAACGGGACACAGACGUCCAUGCACCUUUCUAUAAUGAUGUCUGCAGGUUCCUCUCUGAGACCUCACUCACUGCAAUUACUAGCUGGCUGCCUCACAUUAAAAACCUGUUGGACCAGCAACCCUGCACCUCUCCCAUUCACCUCCCUUCAUCCUGUUUAAAUUGUUUUAUCUCUGCCACCUCCAACCAAACGGUCAUAGAGAGGACAUUUGGUCUAAGUCCAGGUUUUUACUGGCAGACAGUGGAAACUCAGGAUCGUACUUUUAAGGGAAAAGAGACCACACAGGAGCUGCACACAGAGGUGUCAGUUGUUCUGGGGUGCAGUGGCUUCUUUCAACAUCCUCUUCUAACACACUACGCCCUCCAGCUGGUCCUAGACUCAGGACUCGAUGUGUGUGGUCUCCGGCUGCUUUAUCCACCACAGGAGCUUCUGAGUGAGCGCUUUGUCUUUGAAAAUGUCUCCUCUCAUUCAGGUAGCACAGCGGGUAGUCUGAGAGACCAUGAGCCCUAUCAUCCUGUUGUUACUCUAGCAGUUCGAGGUCCUUAUGCCCACUCCUUGUUGAAGGACAUAACUAGUUCCUUAGAUUCUCUGCGACCCAAAAAGGCAGAAACCACUUCCAGCAAUGGUCUACACUGCAGAGAUCAAGAACCACCAUUCAUCUAUACCCCCCAACUGGCCAGUCAGGUCCACAGUGAGCUGUGCCUGUGGUUUUCAGGAAGACUGCAGGGAGGAAGUGCACAGGAUUACAACAGAAUUGUGCCUUCAGAUGACAGAGCUGGAGCCAUCCUGUCUAAUCCAAGCAGAUCAUCUUCUUUCCUGUGUGCCACAACUAAAGCUGAUUUCCUCCUCUUGGUGUCACCUGUUGUUCCUCCAUGCUGCUAUGGCCAGGUGCUGGCUGUAUGUGAACGCAGAGGCUUCAGUCUUAGAGGGCUGCAGAGGCUGCAGGUUCAUAGCCAUGGGGCCUCCCUUCUGGGCCUCAGCAGCUUCCAGGCAUCUGUGUUCUGCAGUCCACCUGCUUCCACUCCAGAUCACAAAGAGCUAGAGCCGCCCUCUCACUGUCUCGUGUUACUGCUGAGAAAAGAACAUGCAUCGCGUCACAGUGUCGGUCUACCAUCAGCGCUAAUGAAAGAAUUCAAAGCUCAAAAGCUUCUGGGUUACAUUCACUCAGGAAAGGAUGAUGUUCACACAUCAGAGCCAAGCUUGUGUUUCCACACUGUACCGAUCAACAAGAGCUUAUUCCAAAACUUUGUGAGUUGCAUGUGGGCAGUGCCAAAUCCCUCCAGUGUGAUCCUGUCUCAUCACAGGUGUUCAUUCAGACCUGACAUGGAGCAGGUAGUAGUUUUGACUCUGUGUGGGAAGGACUUGACCCAAGGCCUCAGCCUCCUAAACAGAGUGCUGUUAGGAGAAGAAGGUGAUGAACAACAUGCUAGAUUUAGGCUCCUCAGCCUGAAGUAUCUUCCUGUGCUGACUCGACUUCAAGCCCAGGAGCUGAGCCCGUAUGAGGUGGGAGAUCCGCUCUGCUAUACCAGCACGGAAACACUGAUGUCGUCUCCAGCUCUAGUGUGUGCUUUGAGAGGGUUUGUUGAUUUUUCUUCGUUGAGGAAGCUCCUACCGCAUGACUAUCCUCAAAGCCUGAGUGUCCUCAUGUCUCCCACACCUGAAGUGGCCCUCAGACAAGCCUCCCUUUUUUUCUUUGAGCAUGAAAUGAUUCCCGACCCACAGAUGCUGCUCACCGUGUGCCUGUUGAAAUCACGAGCCUGGAAUCACAGUCUCACUAAAAUAGUCAGCAAACUCCAGCAGAGUGGCCUCACGUUGGUGGGCCUACGGGUAGUGACCCAUGACAAAAGUGGUGCUACUUCACUGCUGCGUGCAGAAAGUGGGCACAACCUGUGCUCUGGCCCCUCGCUGGCUCUCUGCCUUCAGGGAGAAAAUGCUGUGAAGAGGCUGCUGGACAUGCUGAGCCAAGAGGACUCUUCAGUGUGGAUGACCUGUCAUGUAACCAACGUUACAGGAUCAGAAUCGUAUCAGCAGGCAAUUAUGGAUGUGAGGAGGUUUUUUCCUGAGGGGCUCUGCUGUACUGAGACCAACACAAUGAGACAGGAGCAGAUACUCCGCUUAUGUUCAGACCCUUUAGCCUCCGUAGAGCGUCAGCGGAGCUGCACACUGACUCAAGCGGCUCAGAAAAGUCUUUCAGUCUCCUCUGAAUCACGACCAAAUGGAGGGUCCCUGAAGCACAGGCAAACAACCUGUCUGCUGAUACCCUCGAACGCUACACCAGGCAGCCAAGUGCCUUCCCAACUGGAGAUAGUGGAGCAGGUGCUGGGAUCAGACUGCCAUCUGGUGGCAGGAAGGAUGAGCAUCCUAGAUGAUGAGCAGCAAAAACAUAUAUCUGAGACACUUAAAGUGUCAAGCAUAAGGGAGAAGAUGGCUCCUUUUUACUCAACUCCUUGUCUCAUCAUGGCUCUCCGAGGAGAAAAUAUCGCAACUGAGUUUGGCCUGAUCCUUAAAAGGAUUUACAAGGCAAGGCCAGACCUGGAGCAAGUAGGGAAAAGCAUCGUCUUCCCAGAAAAUGAAAGAGAGGCUAUGCUGCUGAUAUGCUACCUAUUUGACACCUUGUCUUCUGAGAGCUGUGAUGUCACUGUGCCAUAAACAUUCAAAUGUGUGCACGUGUAAGCAUAUUUUCCAAAGAUUGCUCCAAAAAGUGCAAAGAAAUUUAUAGCUUUCACUUGUUUUAGUUUUUAGAUAUUGUUCAAUAAAUAUUUAUUCAAAAACAGCAUUUUGCCUCCUCUGCUAGUCCACUUCCUCUUUAAGGCGCAAACCCUUUUCUGUCAGUUGUGUUUGAGACAAAAAUUAGUCACACAUUUCAGAUGAAAAAUUAUUUUAAUUCUCAAGAUGAUAAAAAUAAUUUUGUGAACUCUGUAAACCAUUGCAUAACUGUAGUGUAACAAUUUAACAAGUGUUAACAAACUAGUAAUACACUACAGUAAAUAUGCGGUACACAAUCCUCAAUGUAGAAAAGAAACAUCUAGUAUUCUAAGACUUGCACCUGUUUUUGUGUUCACAACACAAAAAUAUCAAUAUAUACCAACAGAAUAAUUUCUACAAUUAUCAGUAUAGAAUUUCCUACAUAUCCAUACAGCUCAUCACAAAAUAAGGGACAUAUGUUUUAAUCUAUAAUGUCUAAACCCACUUACAUUAAGUAAAUAGAUCCAUGAAAUGCAGUUUCCUCAGAUUUAACAUUCUCUAACAAAUCACUGUUUUACCCUGAGAAAAAUACAUUUCUUUCUUUAUAGUUAUUUUAUGAUUAUGCUAACAAAUAGAAACUUGAAAACUUGCAUUUGUUUAAGUUCUAAUAAAUUUUAUUGAAUAGAAGUUCACAACUAGAUGCUACAUCAUAAUCAAUUAACUGCGCUCCAUAAUAUCCAGUGACCUAUUCAUUGAAAUUCUAAUUUAGAGCAAUACAUUCAAUAUUUCAGGGUUUCAAUGUUAAAAUAACAUUUUUACUGAAAUUUUCUAGAGUACAUGGAACAAGUGGUUCCACAUUAAGAUCAUUUACUUUUGACUUUACACUAAUAUUUCUUUUUUUUACUUAAUUUGAACAGCUCCAUACAUCAUACAUGUACAAGAUUGCAUAAAUCUUCUGGCUCCAUUUUUAUAAUGUUGAAAAGAAACAACAAAAAAAAACAAAGAAGACAACAACUAACAAUAAUGCAAAAUAGA